AUGCCAGCUCCAGAUGCAGGCUACAGCCAAAACGAUCUCUUCUACCACAUUGGCAUGUCCGCCGAGAUAGAAGAUCUCUCUCGUUACAAGCAAAAUGGACUUCACCCCAUCAUCCUGGGACAGGUGCUCCCUGAACCGAAAACGUGCGUCGAUGUGCCUGACAAAGAGCCCAGAUACAGAAUCAUGUUCAAGCUGGGAUUCGGCGCAUUCUCAACGGUCUGGAUGGCGCGGGACAUAGUCGAGGAUCGCUGGGUCUCUGUCAAAAUUUGUGAAGGCUCUGGAAAACCGACGAAAAAUUACACUUUCAUCAACGAGACUUCAUCAGCGGUUUCCGUGCGCCAGAUAGCGCAAGCAUUCACCCUGAUACAUGAUUGUGGCAUAGCACACGGAGAUCCCCACCUGGCCAACUUUGGAGUUGCGCUCCCUCAAAUGGACGACGUUGCUCAGGCCAAAGAGUCGCGAAGCCAUGGCUCGGUGGCAGUCUAG